GAAUGCAUAAUGGUUAACCGAAUAAUAAACAAACCAACACGAUGUCAGUUCUUGUUUGGCUUAGUGGCAAAUUCUGAACCUUAGUUAAAUGAAUAACCCUAAUUUCCAAGAGAGGGCUGAAGGAGAAAGAGUGGUACCUAUUGCGAAUUCAGAUUUUAUCGUUGCAAUAUUUGUUGUAGCAUUUGACACAAAGAGAGGUAACGAAGUGGAAUGGCAGAUACCUGAUGACGUGGACAUAGCUGGUGUCGAAUUUAAAGCACUUGUCAGUGGGUCACAUACGAUAAGUGAAGAUUUUGUAUACUUUCGACAUCAGCAGUAUUACGGCUUAAGCUGCUUUGCUUUGAAAUCAGUCGACAAUGAAGAAGAAAGAGGCGCGCGCAUGAAGUCAGUUGGCAUUAUAUGCACUAAGUACACAUCACUACAUGAGCAUCAAGAGUUUUUAGAAAAACAAGUCAGUCAUCAUUUGGAACAACCACGUAGCUAUGAAGAUUUAACAAAGUAUUACGUUAAAUAUCGAAAUUGUCCACACCAAAAUAACACGUUUCUGGUCACACCAAGAAAUCACACUGCGGAAGGUUUCCUGGGCAUCGAAGAGCUGACUGUUAUGAAGAUCAGUCAUCCAAUUGGUUGCUUUUCUCAAUUUUUGAAUUACUUCGGUGUAAAUAUUUUCGUCUUGUGGAAAUUCGUGCUGCUCCAAAAAAGAAUCUUGUAUUUUGCGCCACCACCAGUUGGUGUUCAGUGCUACAGAGUAUACUGUACCGGCCUUCUUGGAAGUAACGGCUUGGGUUUACUACGAUCCCUGUGUCCCAAUCUUUUAUUUUGCGUUGGGGUGUCCAGUUGCAGUUCACUUAGUAGCAUGGAUUCUUUUGUAGCAUGUACCACGGAAAGCAUAUUAGCCACCAAACCGGAAACAUACGAUUUAUAUUUAAACAAACAAACCCUUCAAUGUCCGAACGAAUACCUUCGAACUAUUACGCACAUUAAUUCUGCUGACUCAGCAAGAUUUACGAGACUUCGAAAAUAUAGCAACGAACAGCUUAUAUCUGGUGGAGAGGUUGUGGAGGAUGAAAAAAUGUACACAAGAUUUUUUAUCGAGCAAAAUAACAGGCUGUUUAAAAUUUUAUACGAGAUCUCAAGCCGCGAAGAUCGAACAUUAACCGUUGAUCACGUGCAUGAAAUGGGUCUGGACCCGAGUGGCGAUAGAGUGUUUCUUACAGAAUUAGCGGAUUUAUAUAACAUUAGAGUUAAUUUUCCUGACUUAUCCUGUUGCCAGUAAAAGCAGAUUGUUAAAUUUAUCUUCGUAAAAAUAUACUAACUUCGAUCCCAGCCCCUUUUCCAUUAUUUUGAAUGAAAUGCGUCAAAUUAACAUUGAAAGAGCUGGGAUCGAGGGAACCUCUCUUUCGAGGCUAAAGGUACAGUAAAUAAUAUGAUAUCUUUAUGAAAAAGCAUUUUUUGGAUAUAAUUUGGUGUACAUAUAUUUUUUAAUAUUGACUUUUAUUUAUUAAAAUGACAUUACUUUUAUUAGCUGAACUAAAAUGGUCUAUUUUCUUGAAGGAAAAAUUGAAAACAACCCAUUUAACUACAGUGCAUUUAAUUAGGCGGUCGUGGCUAGUGAAUUUUUUCGUAGACUUUAUAGCGCAUUAUAUUAUACACAGAAAUUUAGAUGUUAGAAUUUUUUCUCUUGGAUAUUUUAUUUAGAU